AUUCCACAGUAUAUCGCAUGCCUUUUUCCAAUGUCAUAAUUGGCUCAUUGGCCAAUCGAUACGCUUCUCAUUUCGAUGUUAAGCGCGAGAGCCCCCGGGAUUACGGUCGUUUAACAGCAGAUUCGUAAACAGUCACGCCCGCGCUAGAAAUUAAACAUUACUCAAAAGAGCGUUAUUUAUUUGCGUGCGAUUUCUUUCCUCAUUUCAAUGUUUCACAUGAUACAUUAAUACAUCAAAAUAUCGUAGCUGCAUUUUGCCAAGCGAUAUUUGUUAUAUAUAAUAUAUAUAGAUGUUUAUUAUCAGCCGAGAAAAAUCGUUCAAACAUAUGAAUAAUGCGUAAAACAAAUAAAUGAUCAGCGAUGCGUAUGAUCAGUUAAUGUGUAAUUAACUGAUUUGCCGUUUUAUCCCGUUAAAUAGUUAGUGGCACGCGGUAACGAGUCUACCUCGUUUUAAGAUUGACCGAUAUUCCAUUCGCUCACUCUCUUGCCACAAUACACACAAUACAAAAUUAUUGAUGGAUUUAUCGAAGCGAAACAGUAGAUUUCCUCUACAGGGAACAUUUUAUUUUCUUCGUGCAAUCGUCGGGCUAAUAUGAGCUCGUGAGAAAAAGGUUUCCAAACAAUUGAUUUUCUGAAUUCGGAUUUCAAAUCUCGUCUGACAACUUGGAAUGUCUCAAAUACGAUCUCUAGAAUCUUUCUAACUUGGAGAACUUUCUGUAUGCAUUUUCAAAGUUGCAACGUUUAAAGUGUCAAUGUCUAAAACUAGACGUUACGCGGAAUUUUGUAUACGGCUUUCGCGAAAUCUUUAAUGAGAAAAGUUAAAUCAUUAUUAGAGACUGUAUUUAGAACCAUAGAAAAGUUUAGUUCUAUCAAAUAACUCUCCGUCUCGAGAAUAAUCAAUUGAUGAAUGCACGCUGGCACGUUCGUCGAUGUACGUGUCCGCAUACGUGUGCAGAUUUUCGAUUUUUUAAAAGUCUUGCUUUUGAAGCUUCCGUCGGGACGAGCCGGCCGAAAAACUCUGAAAAAGAGCGUUUGCUGUAAACAGGACAGUAUCCGAAACGGCGUGAUGUCAGCUGCUGACGUCUGUCACGAAAACUUUUUCUCGUGGACAACGGAAGCGUGAUUUUGGCGUGACAAUUUUGUGCGCCGUCGAAACGUCCGAGACUUUUCGAACUGCAGGAUCGAAACUUAAAUCGCGUCGCGUCGCAUCACAAAAUCGUCUCGGUCAAGUCAUUCUUCCCCAAUAACUCGAGUGUCCUAGUUUCUUUAUCGCUCGGGGGCAAGACAACCUUUCGAUAUCGCUGAUAAUGCUUCCGAUGCUGCGUAUCGGUAAUUGAAAUUUCGCAUCAUUGCGAUUUGUAAUGAACGCAUUUCCUCGAACUAGAGGAGAGAUAACAAAAGAAAUCCAGUCUCUUCCGCCGUGGAUUUACUUGAUUUGAAAAAGAGCUUAUUUUCACCUUGAAUUCCUCUUUAAAUCCGUAUUUUUUGAAGAAGAGGGAUUAUGUAUUGCAGAGCUAUGGAAAGCUUAUGGGAAGCUUUGUAACGCAUAAUCUCCAGUUUGUUCGAAUACGGAUUUAACGUGGUUUGAAAAUACAUUUUCCGAUUAUAACGCUUAUAAAAUAUAUUUAAGCCCGAAUUUUUUAUCCGAUCUACGACAGCAUCUGCUAUUUGCGUGGCGAAUAGAGACAAAUAGUGCAUCCACGAGCAAGUGACGCGAAUGCCACUUUUUGUCAAGGAAAACUUAUUAUUAGAUAGUCUUUUAUUAUAAAAAUCAAUACGUGCUAUCACGGACGCUUGUACACAUUUCCGUCUUACGAUCACAUAUAAGAUUACGAUACCGAUCACUACACAAACCGCGAAUAUUAACACGUUUCAGACAACGUCGCGCUGCACUACAAGACAAUAAUCCCUGAUUGUCGCCUCUUGGAUGAUGCUUUCGAUAGCGUAACUUCUUCGUAUACAUGGUUUAUCUCUCCCGAGUAUGUUGAUUUAUGAUCCAUUUGCGUUAGAGUCGAGGGUGAAUAUAUUGACGAUGAACCGCGCGAGGAACCUGAUGCGCUCGUCUUUGAACACUUCCUUGAACAAAGUCGACCUACUUAAUGGAAAAUUGAAUCUUUUAAUCGCAGAUCUGAAUAUAUUGCGUUUGAUGCAUCGAAGAUGCGUUACAUGUCAGGAACACAAGAAUUUAAUUUAGGAGUCAAAUCGAGUCCGCGAUUUCCACGAACCUCUAAUGUGGCAGAAACAGACGCGGAUUGACUUGAUUAUUAGCUCAUCCACCAUCAUAGAGGCACUUGGUGCGUAGCUUCGUCAGAUCUCAGGUUUAUCACUUAAACUUUUCCAAUAGUUCUAGUGGACUUGAUAAUGUUACAGCCAUCAUCCGAUUAACGAUUAUCUCAACUCGGCCGGAGCAAUCGCUCAGAGCGUUUCUCGAUAAACCGAAAUAAAGUUCCAACAUUAUAAUACCCUGCUUUAGCGUAUAACGAUCGUUCUAUUAAUCUCGGAUCGGUGACUUAAUCACGAGUUACCGCAGACUUCGCGUUUAGCCAAAUUAUCAUUUGUGAUGUAGUGCCGACCUUUGCAUUGUUUCCACCGGGGUGAGAGGGUGAAGGGAGAAAGAGGCUUGCAUUUAUGCAUGCAAUAUUCGAUUCUCGGUGCUUCCAGCGCGACAGGAAGCAGCUAUAUACCUUAGCUCAAGACGCACAUCUUAAUUUAUGACGUGCUGCAUUUUGUCUGCGAGAUUGCGGCGACGCGAGGUAUCGCCGGGGAUCUCGCAAACCUAACAGAUUGCGGAUACGCAGCUCGUGUUACUCGAGACUCAAGUAUUUUUCGAGUCUCUAUUAAUUUUCAGGUUGGGCACAGAGUAGCCCCGCCUCACUCGUUUAGAUCUCGACAAGUGUCGGUCCUUGAUCCUUUUCUUCUCGUUUUUUCUGAAUAUCGCUCACGGGCCUCGUCUGCCGGGUCUGUCCGGGUCCAGCCGCUUUAAUUCGCCCGACGCGAUAUCAGACGUGACACGACUCCAUUAUACGAACGUCGAGUAGGUCGAGCACGCAAUUAACAAGUUUGCUUGACUACGACGGUGCACGGCGAGGCGCUACAGUUAGCAAAUGAAUGCUUGCCGAGAGCGAAAUCUUAACUAUCUCUGACGUUGCAGUACGGGCGCAUCAUGAAAUGCAGUCGGCCUUUCUUUUCUCGAGCAUCCUCGACUCGUCGUACUGGAGUACGUAUCGCGUGAAUACCGCAAUAAGCCCACACGUGUUCCUCCUCUUUCCCGCCCGGGAUAUUUUCUUUACGCCCGCGCCGAGGCGAUAUCCCGAAUGCGCGACUCAUUACGAGGACUUCGAAUCGUGCGUUGGUGUCGCUUGCGUCCCCCAACUGCCACCCGAUAAAAUGUCAAAUCGAUAUUUGUCUCCUCGUUCCUGAUCGGUUUUAUUUUUUCUAACUACUUCCGUGUUUCCUGAGCGCUCUUCAUUCACCGAAGAGCACAUGCAAGAAGGCCAGAGUGUGUUAAGACAAUUGGCACGUCAGAGAGCGUGCCGCGAAAUAAAAGCACGCAGAACCACAGCGGAUACUCCAACACACUAAAAGUGAGAGAGAAAGAAAGUUCGAUUAAAUAACCGAUAGAGCGCAACCAGUUCGAAAUUCACCAAGUUGGUUCAAUCGAGGCGGCAGGGGCGAGGAAAAGGGGUCGCGAGAAGAAAAAGGGGAAAGGGACGACGUGGCGCAGCGAUGGCGGAACUAAUGUUCCCCGAGAAAGUCCCGAAAGCACCACCUGAGCGAACCCGAGCCCGCUCAGUCAGUGUAAUCGCGUUCACCGCGGCAUAGCUGUGCCCUUUUGCGAAUCUCAUCCCUGCUCGAUAGGGAGAGAAGCUGUUAAAUCCCGCGACCUUUAGUGAAUCUUCAAGAAGACCUCGCGGGGAACUCGCGUAGUCUUCAUCUCAAAUCUCGGGAAUGUGAAGUGGAUAUCGUCGAAGGUAGCUUCCGGCUGAUCAGGAGACGUGUCACGAGAUGACUAAUCUGAUGGUACUACUAAUUGAUUAAGGGUGGUUCUCUCAAGCGAAGAGAGUCGCGUCUCUCGAGCGCGUUUGAGACGGGUAACUGCAAAUGUCGAUAUGCCGUUAUCUAUUGACGCCAAUGAGUGCUUCGGAUAUCUGUUGGACAUUUCAAUGUUGUGGUCACAUUAGGAGAUGUAUUAUAUAUAUCUUUGAUCUUCUUGGGACUUAAACCUGGAAAAUCUCUUAAUUAGAAGUUACUGUCCUUUUUUUCCAGGAUAAAGUAACAAGUGAAAAUUCUUGAACAGAAGUUCACGGUAGCUGUUUAUCGUUAAUUACACUUUAAAUUGUUUGGUUCCGGUAUCGUGCAAAUCUCUUGCUUACGGAAGUUUGGAUAGACGUGUCAUUGCCGUUAUUACCUUGUCUGCCUGUGCGCAUAUGUAUAAUGUAGCAGGCAUCGCGUCACGUUUGCACAAGUUAAAUUAUCCGAAGGGCACGGCUGACUCGACUGCAAAUAGAUCGCUCACCGAUCGCUCCAUCGCAGUGAGAAGCCGUUCUCCUCCAUUAUAUUAAACGAAUCUACACGCACAUUAAACUUAAACGUAAUGGAACACGUGAUUCUCUUUACACACAAAUCGAAGACACGAUAUUACAUGUCUACACUCUUUUCAAAAAUUUCAAGAACAAUAAAUAUUUAAUAACAAUUUCGAUUACGUGUUAUUUGAUAGAAAAAUGGAUUAUAUAUUAUUGAAAAUUAGAAAGUCGAUGUUAAAAUAUUAAUAAAUGCGUUUUAAUGCAUGCCUGUGGCCACUUUUGUUUGCCACAGGCCAAAGUAGCUGCAUAUCAGUAUCCGUGAGCUAGCUGUUAAGACACGACACUUGCGAGGUCUCUUGUCAAUCUUGCUCUCGAUUCAGGUAGGAUUAUAGUGCCUUUUACGGGGAUAGCCGGUUCUAGUAGUUCCUAACCGCUAGUUCGGCGUACCGGUUUCGUCCUGCAAAAAUCUCUCCAGCCUCUUGUGAUCCCUCUCGCUUUUUAGCCGUGUUUGGUCAAUGAUGCGUGUCACGUUAUUACUGUCGGCUAUACCGCUUUCCUAUGUACCACCUCUUACAUCAUAUCCUCGAGCUACUUCUCUUCCUCGCUUCAAUUGCUUAUUGGAAAUUUUAUUAGCUCGGACAAUUUGUUUACGCUACAUUCUAUAAAUAUGGUGAAUUUCUGGAAUUUUACAUGUGAGAUGAAGCACACAUCUCACGCAACGACGUGUAAGCAACAUAAAAAAAGAAUAGAGAACCAAUAAGAGAGAGUAAUUUUUAAUAAGAGGAGAUCAAGUUGAAAUACGGAAAUUUCUGACCUGCACGGUUCUUUAUCUGGUAUUUUAGGCUCUUAUGGGCACCAGCGCAUAAAUUCAAGUGUAUAUUUGGAUAUUGGACUGUCAGGGAUGUUCCUGUAACGUGCAAUUGCGUCUCAAUAGAGAUGUAUUCACGAUUACAAGGACCACAAAUGGAAAACCGUUGUAAACAGCACUUCGAUCUAUCUGCUGCUCGGGUAUCGACUCAUAUAUCGGCAAAUACAUGAUCUUUCGUUUGUUUUGUAUAUUAAAGGCGACAGUCGUUGGCACAUUUAAUAUCAUAUACAGUAAUUGGCACUUGCAAUUGUUUAGGUUAGAAUUGCAAAAAUUUUCAUAAAUGUAUUAAAUAAAUAAUUAGUACAAUCCAUGAUAAUAUUAAAAACAGUUUCUUAUCAGUUAUGAGUAUAGUAUAGUUAUUAAUAUAGUGUUUAGGCCCGCUUCUACCAAUGCCGUUUAACUUUAACCGUAGUUUAACUCACUCUUCGUCCUUUUCUAACUACCUGCCUUAGAAAGAGACGAAGAAUGAGUUAAUCGACGAUUAAAUUAAUUGGACUUUGGUCGAAGUGGCCCUUAUUAGUAUAGUGUCAAUGACUGUAGCACUGCCAACGACUAUCGCCUUUACCCUAUAUUAUAUUGCGGAUCAUAUCAAGCACAAUUAUUAGUUUAUUGCUUUUUUAUUGUAUUCUACUGAAAUGAGUCAUCUCUUGAUCUUUGCAUUCCGAUCCAAAUUGUCUCUUACGACUCGUAUAAAAGAUUCGUCAGCUAUCUCACGCGGAUAUUCGGUUGGACCAAAUCGUUUAGUUAGCAACGUUUAACAAUGUUUGAAUACCUCGUACUUGCUCUUGCUUUUUGGUGCCAUAGUCAAGGACAUGUGUUCGCAGAACUUGAUACAAUUCGCGAUCUACCGAUACCGCUAAAUACAACUCGACAUAAUUGCAAUGAAACUGCAGGUAAACUCCUUUGCAAUAAUACAUUGCAUUUGCAAGUGCUACACAUUGUCGAUAAUAAAUAAACGAAAUUUUCUGAUAAUCGAAAUUGUAUUCGUUGCUUCUCAUUUCUCUCUAAUGUGGUUAUCAGUUAUCACUACUAAAUCCAGUGAUUUCUCGUGUUUUAUCUUCUUUUUUUACAAAAACUAUCUUAGAAAGAUAAAAAGAUGAAAAGAACGAUGUGAAACAUUAUUUAUAUGGUUUUUAUUAUUAGAAGAAUUUUGUUAAUUUUUCUAUUUUUUAUUCAGCUUUCCCAUUAGGAAAGUUAAACAACACACCGGUGGUUACCAUGAAUGGACAUUAUAACUAUCACGUGGGUCAGCAAAUAAUUUACGUAUAUGGUCAACAGCAGUUUAAACGAUUGUUCACGGCUAAUAAUCUUGAGGAAAAAUCAGUGGGCGGAGAUUAUCUGAUUACUUCUGGUAUCGGAGCGCAUAAGCUUCAUCUUCGUAGACUCUGUUGGAACAAAGCUCGCCAAGUCUGUGUUCAUGAAGGAGGUCAGUUGGCGGUUAUCAAUUCGUUUUCCGAAGAGAAGAUUCUUUUACGUAUGCUGCAAGAGAACAAUUUAACUGUAGCUUGGCUCGGAAUUCACGAUCUUUACGAAGAAGGUGACUGGGUUACUGUCAAAGGGGAGCCGUUGGGAAGUACAGGGUACACCAGUUGGAUAACGUUAUUUGGACAAUAUCCGCAGCCUAAUAAUGGCGGUGGUACUGAACAUUGUGCAACUCUUGCUAUCGAGGGUGGGAGGGUGGGGAUGAACGAUCUCACUUGUAACGCAUGGAAUUUACCCUUCUUUUGCGAGAUUACUGUAUAAAAUUAUAUAUACAAGCAUCUGCUAUAAGUAUCACAAAUAUGAUCCUUGAAAUAAACAAUCGCAUUGAUCUGGGAAUGAAAGCAUAAUAAACUGAAAGUUAACGCCUUUU